CGGUGCGAAAUUAUUGGCGAGAAAAAUAUUUCGUGACGUAUAAAACGAUAGGCAGGUGAUGGUCAAUAACAAAUAGAAAGAAAAAUGUUUGAGUACAAGUCUAUAUAGAUGUUUGAGUAUGAUUAUUCCUUUUCAACUGUGUUCAUUAUGAAGGAGAAACCUAGUUGGAGAAAAUCUUGAUUAUGGCAGAAUAUAUAAAUCAACCGGAAUUAUGCAAAAGGUUGAUCGAUUAUGUUGUUGUGGUCGGUGUACGGAACCCAACACUUGGUCUCACUGAGACUCCAGAAACUUUGAGAAAGUUCCCAACUGAGGAUUAUAACGACUUUUACUUUCCACCUGAUGUUGUUUUCUUUUGCCAACCAGAAGGAUCAUGUACUGUUACGAAGAAAAUCUCCCUGAGACAAGCGACAACGUUUGUGUUCACGUUGACUGACAAAGAAUCAGGCAAGACACGCUAUGGCGUGUGUAUGAAUUUUUUUCGUCCUUGUUAUGCUUCCUUAACAAAAGAAUUUAAAGAGCCAAAGAGCCAAGCUAAAGAUGACAACAGUAAUGAUUUAAAAGGUUCAAAAUGUAAAGGUUUAACACGGUGUAUGUCUCUGACAUCAAUAUGUAUCAUCUCACAUCAUCCGGUAUUCUCUUCCUUUCGUGAAUGUUUGUUUGUAUUACGCCGUAUGAUCGAAUCUAGAGGUGCAAAUAAUGAUGUCGCUUCUUCAUCAAAACAAACUUCUCAGGCUUCAGAUUGUUGGUCAUUAUUUCUUUGCAACGAGGAUCCCAAGUUAAGUCCAUUACAGGAAGAUAUGCGGGAAAUUGAAUCUUGGAUUCAUCGUCUUCUCGUGACCCCUGUUCCUAUUCCAGGAAGGACUGAAGUUGAACUGGAGUUAUUACCCCAAGAAUUACACCCAGCAAUAUGUUUUGCAUUCCCAGAUGCUAAGAGAUUUUCAUUAGUAGACUUUCCAAUCCAUCUUCCGCUUGAGUUACUCGGUGUCGAGACAUUUCUCAAGGUUUUAACAUGCAUCUUAUUGGAGCAAAAGGUAUGUGUGUGUGUUCACCAGGCCCCAUUGAAAUAAAUAUAACUGGAAUACCUUCAUAUAAACUGCCUAUCUUUCUCUUGAAGUCAAAUCUAAGAAAGUUCACGCAUGGUUAUAUCAUGAUUGACUGAUUGGAUGCUCUUUGCCUGCGUGAAAAGACUGUGACUGGCCUUCAGGUUUGGCUUCAAAUUUCCAGUUGGAGGUAGCGUUCCAGUUAUAUUCAUUUCAUUGCUGGGCUCUAACAAAAACCCUGUGACUAUUUGAUAGGCAGCUGGUCACUUUUCAAAAUGUACUAAAUGUCUGCCAGUCCGGUAUUUAGAGUUAAAGUCAAAUUUAAAGAAAUAAAGUAACCCCAUUAAUCUCUCUCAGUGCCAGCUCUCUCGCCUUGAUGGCCAGACUGGAAACUUUGUUAUGUGCAUCCAAUUAACACUUGUUUUUUGUGCAUGUAAAAGAUUUUUCAGAUUUAGUUUGAAGCCUGUCGCCUGUGCUGAUACAUUGACUUCAACGUUUAUACUUGUAGAUUGUAUUUCAGUCCAGGGAUUACAAUGCACUGACAAUGACAAUCAUGGCUAUGUCAUCUUUAUUGUAUCCUCUGGAGUAUAUGUUUCCUGUUAUACCUUUACUGCCUAGCUGUAUGAGCAAUGCUGAACAGGUACAUGUCCAGUAGAAUUCUAUCUAUUGGGUCAUUCCAGAAAACAUCCAUACCACCCCAUGGAGUAAAUUGGUGGUUAACCUCCCCACCCCUUUGGAUCUCCUAAUACACUCAGUAUUAUCAGAAACUAUUUUUUCUCCCCUCCCCUUCCGGACAGCAUUAUAAAUUUCUCCAUUGAGGUAUGUGCCUGGAUCUUUUCUGGAACGAACCAUUUUCUGGAACGAACCAUUUUCUGGAGCGACCAAAACUGCUGAUGCUUCCUCUUGCCAUGCCAUGUUUUUCUGACAAAAUUAUUAGCAAGCUUAAGCAAACAACAUUUUUGUCAACACAGAUGCAAAUUGCCAACAGGCACUGGAUUAAUUCAAAACAGUACUGUGUUUGUAUCCAUCAGUUUGUGGUAAUCUUCAACACAUAUGACAAAACAUAAGAUUUUUAAAGUUUUUUGUUUCCUGGCUCGAUUUUGGAUGCAAAUUGCAACCAAAAUUUUAUACCAAGUGCGACUAACACCAAAUAUGAUUUUUGGUAUGGUAUGUGUAAUAGUUGGGUGAUUUUAAGAGAAAAUGUAAAAGCACUUUGUGUUGUGGUUAUAGUGGUAUCACUGAUAUUCACUGAUUCCACUAUCUUUAUCAGUGAUACCACUAUAACCACAAUGCAAAGCGCUAUGAAAACGUAAUAAGGGGAUUCAUCAAUUGAAUUUCCAAUUAUAUCUUUGUUUACAAUAGGUAUUAAUUUCGACAAAAUCUCCACAGUAUGCAAGUGUUUCAAAUUUUCCGGACAGUGGAUAUCCGUAGUUAAAUUAUAUCCUUUCAAGAAUUUUCACAAAAAAUCACUAUGUGGAAGAAAUAUUUCCUGAUAUACAGUGUAGAAUCUGGCUAAGGUUAACUGCGAGCUUUGCACUGUCUUUAUUAAUACAGCGAAAUGAAUUAAUGAAGAAAGUCAUUGAUAUGAGAUAUAUGCAUUAUUUAGCUUCUGUUGGCUCCAACUCCUUAUAUCAUUGGCGUCCCAGCAAGUUUUUUCAAGUACAAGAACAGCGACUUCAGUAACCCACAUGACUUGUGGAUUGUUGAUCUUGAUUCGAACAAGGUAUGCACACACUCCAUGAAUUGUCAAUUUAUUUAAGAAUUAGGUUAAUAUGCUAACCAAUGUAAAGUGGCCGUAUACUGUAUGGUUUAAUUUGUUUAUAAUUAUAUUCAAUUGUUCUCCUUAUUUUAACUCUUAGUUUGAAUACCUUUCAGAAACCUGUACUGUCUUUACUUUAUUUUAAAGACUAUUUGUACACAUCGAGUAAUGAGUUAACUUAUAGCACAAGUAUGGCGCAAUAGCUACUGUUAGGUCCAAUAAAUUAAUAAUCUUGAUCUAUCGUACUAUACACCGUGAUAGUACGUUCACAUCAGAUGAACUUGUCUAACCCUUGGUUAAAAUUUAACAUGCUGUUUUAGUUUGUGUAUUUUUGCACGUCUGUUUAUUUCAAAGCUUCAGAGAAGUAAACUCCUAUUGAUCCAGACAAGAUCUCUGAAGAAAUAUUUCCAAAUUUAUAGACAAGCUCUUGGGAAGUUUGCUUUGAAUUUUAGGUUAACGUAGGGUUAAGCUAACCCAGCUUUGAACAACCAGGCCCGGUUGAUAGUUUAUGCUUUUGCACUGGUACAAAAAUUGAAGUAUUAAAAUUUGCUUUGUGGCAUUGAUGUUCUAACUUGAGGCCCAUUUUCACUCAAGAAAAAUUUCCACGGACUGAGUAUAUUCCGAAAAUAACAUUGUUAAGUUGAAAAUUUUUAACUUCAAAAUCUUUUCCGACAGAAAAUUUAUGUUGGGCAAUCACAUUUUACAAAUUUUUUUUCUGAAUGGAGAUGGGCCUUUACUGAAGUCCUGCAGUCUUUACUGAAGUUAUUUAUUAGUGUACAACGUGAUCCUGUAGUGCAUUAAAAUUUCAGUGAUUUUGAUUCUUUCAGUUUUCUCCCUUUAACCCUACUAAACAUUAAUAUUUUGUAUGAAGUGAAGGGAAACGUACAUUGAAUUAGUGAAGAUCUAUUUCCAUAAUAAGUUAUACUGUAAUUAAAUUCUCUCAGAUAACAGUUCCAUUUCAAGCAGAUGAAUUACCAAGCUUACCAGAGCCAGAAACGAGCAUUUUGAAAGGAAAUCUCAAAAGGGUAACUAUGUAGUUCCGUUCCUCGCUUCAAGAUUCUGAGUCUGUUUUGCAAAUGAAAAUAAUAGAAUUGUUUUUCAUGUUUGUUUUUUUAUCAGGCUCUUGCCUCGCUAUCCGUUCCACCUCAAACUAUCCCCAAUCUCGAUGGUCAGUUUUCAUUAAGUAAUGGCUCCACAGAUUCCUUCAGUAAAGUUCCUCUUGGUUUAACCAGUAAUCAUAUCGUGUAUGGCAAUGACGUCGAUGCUGUCGAUAUAGCAGUACGCGUGGCUAUGACGUCAUUUUUCUUAGCACAAAACGUACUUGGUGGACUUCAGGAGCACACGAGAACGUUACGACUGUUUCCGAGACCUGUGGUUGCAGUUCGGAGAGAUGCAUUUCUUCAAUCUUUACCAAAUGUCUCCAAGUUUGUCAUGGCACUUGUUGAGACCCAGGUUAGUUAGACGGUAAUAGAGAGGUUAACAAUGACGUUUACGGCAGACCGUUAACCGCUAACGUCAAGUCGUAUUUUGACAUCAACUGUAAGCUGUUCAAAGUUAGGAAAAUUGAAGAAUGAGUUAACUAAAAACCUGUCGAAACCUUCGGAACCUUGCAGAACUUACCUUCAAAUUCCACUUGAAGUUUCUCGUUUGCGGUUACCGGUCUGCCGUAAACGUCAAUUUUAACCUGUCUGAAGGCCCUGUCACACUAUUGCGUAUCGUACUAGCGUAUGCCAACGUAUGAAAAAUAUCACUCAUACGCCGGUAUACGCUGACAUACGCUAGCGGUACGUUAGGCAUAUGUUGUAUCCGUUUCAAGCACGGUCGCGUACGAUGGCAUACGCUGGCAUACGGCGAGGCAGAAAAUUAUUUUAAGCAUGUUCAAAAAUAUUGUGCGUAUUGGACGUACAGUAUGGUUUAUACGAUAAGCAUACUCUAGGCACACGCUGAAUACGCUAGAGGUUACGCCAGAUGUACGGUACUCAUACGCUGGCAUUUCAAAGGAUUUUUGUGCGUAUGAAAAUUAUUUCUGUCAUUAAUUUUGCUACGCUUCUCAUAUGUUUCUCUCAUAUACUGUAUAUAUACGCAAUAGUGUGACAGGGCCUUAAUGUCUAAAAGGGAUGAACGAGAGGUAGUUUCCUAGAUGGUUCCGAAAAUGAAAUAAGAGUUUGCGUUGUAGUAUUAGGGUUAGUGUGGGGGGUUAGGUGUGGGGUGAGGGUAAGGAUAAGGGUGAGGGUAAGGUUUAGUAUUGUUGCAAGUGGCUGGUUGUUGACUCUUUUACGUUUUAACGAUUUUAAAAACUGGCGGCCGACGCGAAGCGUUGAGAUGAAUAUCCUCGCACUGUUCACCAACACUGACGUGAAUAAUUGUUUUAGCAUAAAACGUAACAAAACAAGAACGAAAUAUUUGAAAAACAAUUUGUAUUACCGCUCCUGUAAUAACAAGUUAUUCGCAAUACGUUUUGUUAUAUAAAUUAUGCAAAAUAUUCUCUCAGCCGCUCUUCCUCAGUGAUUUGUUAAAGAAAGUUUUAGCAGUGGUCAAUUAAUAUACAGUAUCGAAUUCUAUCGGUAUAACGUUGAGCUGAUUUUGAAUUAUUGAAUCAAGUUUGAAUUAUCAAGCAGUAAAAUUUGCAGCAAGAGAAAGGCGGUUUCGCCCAAGCUGUUAAGUAGCCUGCACUCAGGCGCAGAAUGACACCAGAAAUCCUCUGCACCCAGGGAAAGCUGUGAUACGCUGGAAACCUAAAUUCAUACCCCACUAAAUAUUGCGUCCGCCAGGUUUUACAUCUUAGUUUCAAUGCUUUAGAAUGUUGAAUAUUUUGCUGAAUGGUUGGUUUACCCCACAAAUAUUGUUUAUACAAGAAUACAAAUGGGUAAGUGCGAAUUUUGGAAAAUGUUAUAAUGUUGUCGCGCACACUCUGUCGCCGUUAAAAAUUCGUGUAAGACUAUUCAUUUUUAAUUGAACUUCGAAAUCUGCCACCAUUUUUUCAUCCGGAGGUCACUCUCUCACUCAUAAGGCUAUUUACUGUAACUAAUUUUUGUGUACGUUGUACAGGCAUGCAUGCCUUUGUAUAAAGGCUCAUUUACACUUUAUACUCAAAGUUUCUUUGAUUACCGCAGGAAUUUUGCACGGGGAAAUUGCAAGUUUUGAAGGAUUAUAUUAGUAAGAAAUGUUUGAGGAAACUGAUUCAUUGUGUAACACUAAGAAUUUACCCAUGUGGCCGUAUUGUUGUUUUGAACAAGCGAGCGAGUAAUAAUCAGGGUGCGAUAAUUCACGAGUUUUAGUCGAAUGGUUAUUGCCACGUACUUGAGCUGCUACAAAUUUAAGACUCACUGUGUACUUAUAGUCUUUAAUAAGGUUCAUAAAGUACAGGCUUCUGAUAAGGCCUAAAAAGAUACCUGUGGUUCCAGUUCCCAACCGACCCUAUUUUUUUCUGCCGACCCUAUUAUUUUUUCAACGCGAUUGACCGUGCGACCCUAUUUUCUCCGGGUGGUUGCGGGCUGCUCAUACAGUGUGUCAAAAUGGCGUCUGUUGUCACACUAAUUAUUGAACCAAAUUGCCUAAAUUCGUCCAUAGGAAAUACGCAUCUCUAGUUAAUAUUGAUCUUGGGACUCUGCUGCAAAUCGCCCAGCAAAAAACCGCCAAAACCAUGGAAAAAAAUUCCAAAAAGAUUUAUUUCCGACCUACCGACCCUAAUUUUUUCACGAUAUGAAACCGGAACCACAGGUAUUUUUUUUUAGGCCUAAGUAUGUUCAGACUACGAGGUUGCACAAUUGCAAUAUACAUUCAAACAAUCGACUCCAACGUUUGUUAGUACCUUAGGUCAAAUCAUGUUUCAUGCCAAGACAUCUCAUACACAUGAUAAACCAACUAAACUACGGUAUUAAAUACCUGUAAGGUCAUGUAGUACCAGCAAAAAGUAAGCACGAAAAUAGCAAGAGUUCCGCGUAACCUACUGUACUUGGUACUUGGUUGAAAACAGAAAAGUACCAAAGCGUAAUAUUGCCGUACCAUGUACCUCUGGUACGUAAGUACGCGAAUUAUCGCACCAGCAUAAUGCAUUUUGUAGAUAGACCACAGGAGAUACAGUAUGACGGAGUGGAUUGUUGCAUUUCUAGGUAUAACUGAUCCACAUUUGGUCGGUGACAAACCACGUUGGUACAACUAUAAACUGGAUAAAUUAAAUUUCAAGGCAUUCGACCCAGACUCGAAACUCUGCAACCAGGAAUGGAGUGAAUAUGAAACAGAACUGUUUAACGAUAUCUAUGAAAGUGAUGAUUCUGAAAGACCUCGGACGUGUAGUGUUGAAGAUGAUGACAGUAGUAGCUGUUAUUCUUCAGUCAGCGAUACAGUUGCUGAGAUGUUCCGUGGAGAUAUUCAUGGUGAGACUUCUUCAGGAUCAUUUAAACCACCUUUCACUCCGCCUGACGCUGCCUCUCCCACACCCAACUGCAUGGCGAAGCUUCAGAAUGUUGCUAAUUAUUGGACCAAUGAAGAAAGGUACGAUUCUCAUAAAUGUAGAACAAUUGCAAUUUUUUUUAAGUUAAUCAUAAUGAAGAAAUAUGUUUCGAAAUUCCUACCCGGCGUAUUCCUCCCAGGUAUAGCGGUUACCAAAAAAACCCUAUAAGUACCAUGCCGUGUUUAGAUUUAGUGAGGCUGCCAUCAUCUGUUCUGUCAUAGCCUGAGUAACCCCGCGAAUAAUUUCUAAAAGCAUUUGAAUGACAGCUGAAAUCCUGUGUAACAGAGCUGUAAAAAUAAUUUUUCAACCAUGAAAGCUUUCAUUUCGUUGGCUAUAAAUUAAGCUACUGUAUAUAAUAUUGGAGCUAAAAUUUUCAGCUACAAUAGGUGGUCAUAUGUUGGCACCGUAAACUGCCCUCCCCCCGUAUGUUUCGUGAAGUGUCCGCCACUGUGUCCACCACACUCUAUCAGUAUUUUUUGUCAAUUCUACGAAAGGUGGAGUUUGUCGUGAACUAAGUGAAUACCCUGUACACUUCAACAAAUAUUUCUCGACCAUGCCAGCUCUGGUAAAUUGAACUAAAGAAGGUUUAGGGCUGGAAUUUACAGCAUCAAAACGAUCGGAAUAAGAUGCAUGCCUUGGAUGAACCUGCAGUAAAUUAACACCGCCAGUUUUUGCGAAGUGCCAGUUAGAGACUACAGACUACUUGUGCAACACGUAAUUAAAGUGGGCGACAACCACUCCUACAAACUGACACGGGUCUACAUAGGAAUAGCGUCUUAGUUAGUAAUAUUUCUUAAUAUGCUUGUGUGAUGUUACUCUGAGUGUAUAUCCACACUCAGAGUAACAUCACACAAGCAUCUUAUUCACCUGAGUACUUUACACCAACACAGCAAAUAUCAAUAUUUCUUAAUGUUUUGUCUUACAGUAUUAUUGCCAACUACGUUUUAGCGUAUAUUUUGUGACUUGCUGUAAUAACAUUGUUAUCGUGUUGUGUAGGGGAAAGCAGGCAUAUUCACUAGAAGAGGAUGAAGAUUUUGUUGAUGAUAUUGUUUACUCUGUUUCCAAUCCACCAUCGCCGGUACUAGGUAACCGUCGUGAGUCGUCCAACUCUGGAUCAAGUGUUGUCAGUGAUCCUGUCGCCAAGUCAGAUAUGACUGGACAGACUAACUCAGAGGGUACGUACAAUAUGUCUACUGUACAUUAAACAUUUCUCGGGGUUUCUCGUUUAAGGCUGCUGUCUAGUUACGCGUUUUUCAUACAGUACAGUACGCGCAUGUACAAGAAAAUGUUCAAAUCCUUUAAAAUUUUACCAGACAGUGAAAUAACUAUUUCAAUCAAUAAAAGGAUAGAAUUUAGUUUUCUCUAUAAAUUUAGUUGUUAUUUUGUUAAGGUAUAAAAUGUAGAAAGAUUUAAACUUAUACAUUGUGUGAAAAACGCUACAGUGAAGGUUGACAGAUUGGGAUAAGCCCCAAGCUGGCCCUUCCACCGUAGCAGUAGUAUGCCUAGUGUGUCUGAUCUUAACACAACAAAAAUGAGAUUUUACUUGUGAUACAAUCAUUCGUGCAGUAUUCUACGUUUUUAAACGCAUAUCUUACAUUUUAUUUUAGUGAAUGGAGUUGGCAAAUACGACAAUCAUUCCAAUCAUUCCAGUUCAGUUGCGAAUAGUUCUAUUUCAAGUAGUAAGGAUAUUUUUAUAUUUUCUUAUUCUUGUUAUGUCCUCCCAUAUCUCCGGGGAUAUAGACCCGCGGCCUUUAUACAUAGAACACUGUCCUUAGAGUACAUGGUCUGAGAGUGCUUGACAGUCACGCGACCUUGGUUAGCUUAUGUUGUUACUCUGAGGGCCUGUUUAUAUGGAGGCGAGUUACCCUGCAAGGCGAGUUACUCGGCAACGGCGAGAUCCCAGGUAUUAUAGAAACUAAUAGUAAUCCCGGGUGACUGUUUACAUGAUGCAGCCGAGUAACUUGCCUUGGCGAGUUCCCGGCAGAAAGAGGCGGGAUAUCGCCUAGGCCAGAUGAAUAUUUUCCAUGUAAACACUUUGCCCAGGUAACUCAGCCGCCCGAGAUAGAAUGUAUGUGCUUUGCAUUUGAAAUAUAAUAGCUGAAAAAUACAUACGAAUCGAUAGAUAAGUUUUCCUGAAUUGCUCGGCGCUUAUUCUGGUAUUUUGACGACAUUUGGUAAUGUUUUGUUAACGUUUCAAACGACUUAAAUCCUUUUUGUGUUUUGGCGCAAUUUCUGCGUCAUGUGGCAAUCAUGCGACAAAUGCCGAGUAACUCGACUCCAUAUAAACAGAGAGCUUGUUUGUCCCGCCUGGGCGAGUAACUCGCCUUGCCGAGUAACUCGCCUCCAUAUAAACAGGCCCUGAGUGUGCAUCCAUACCGGGAAAGCUGAAACGUUUGCCUGACAGCUUGCCCCGGUGUGGACGCACACUCAGUGACUCAGAGUAACAUCACAAACAUCAUAAUUAUUCACCUGAGUACAUAACACCAACACACACAAAAUCCAUCAACAACCAUGUAUUUUAUUUAAGUUAUGAGAUAGUACGCUCAUCAAACCUUUAUUUUGCUAAUCUAGAGCUUCAAAUGUCCUCUGCAUAAAGAAUGCGUGAUUGUCAACUUUCAUUACCUCUCAUUCUCGUUUCACCACGCUUUAACUUGCUUGUACAGAAGACUGUAAACAUUGAAAUUUUCAAUCCUUGUAAUUCAACAGUGUAUAUGCAUGCCAUAGGAUCAAUAAUCUUAAUAGGAAUGAAAGGCAACCUCGUCUCCAGGCUCUCUUGCUUGGGACUAUAUAAUAAACAGAACAUUACACGGUGGCUUGAAGAUAUGACUUUUAUCUUCUCGUGUUAAAAACAAUAUUGCUCGUUGCGCUCGUUCGUAAAAUAUUGUUUUCACCACUCGAAGAUAAAAGUCGUAUCUUCGCGCCGUCGUGUAAUAUCCUCUAUAUAUAUUUUAUGGUCUUAUAUCACCUUGUUAAAUGUUUUUAUUUCUCGACCUCUAAUUUGGACUCUGAAUGUACUGUACAUUUACUACUGCUUAUUCUGUCUUAAGGAUCAGCGACGUCCACAAGAUCACAUACAAUGGAUGCGAAGCUAGCCAGUUUACAAGCAAACUCUCUAUUUAAACCAUUCAGCAAGGAAGGAAAACCAAUAUCAAGGUAGUAUGAUGGUGUAUUUUAUAAUAACCAGUAGUGAAUAUUGCCGAAAUCCGGAAUUUGCCGUGCGGAACUGUAGUACUGUGCGCCGGAGGGCUGGAGCCGGAGUUUUGGCUUAUUUUGCCGGAGCCAGAGUUUGUUCAACUCUAGCAGCACUUAUUUGUGCUGCAAACUACUGUCGGACAUCGGCGAAAAAACCUGAAACCAUCAACGAAAAAGUAAAUACACGCAUUGACACUGCGUAGGCUUGCCACAAACAUGUAAAUAUAGUAUCCUGUUGUCUUCCGCAACCAAUACCGUGUAUCAUGCAUACUACGAAAUGUUCAUGCGAAGUGUUAAAAUCAAAAACAAACAUAGUGCUUGCUUCCAUUUUGAAAUGUGAAAUUUCAUUAAAUUUCGAGUUUUUGCGAAUUUGCUGGAGCUGGAAAUUUUCUGCCUUAGCUGGAGUUUUUCCCCGGAGCCGGAGUUUUUUUGGCUAGAGGUGAGAAACCCGGAGUUUGCACAGCACUACGGAACAGAUUUCAUGUCGCCAUAGUCAACUGACAUUAUGGCAAACGCUAAAGCAUUUAUACAUUAUAAUUGAGUGACUCGACGAGAUGCCUAAAAUACAUUGUCUUCACUGUGCACAAGUUUGAACAUCUGUAUCUUUAUUGACAAUAUGAUGCGACAGCAGUUAUUAUCACAUGCAAGUAGAAUAACUGUUUUGGCUGUUUGGUUUUGUUUGAUUCAGUUCCCUCAAUUUCUAACAAGUUGUUCUAAACUUAGAAAUUACCUAAUAUGUAUGCAUGCAACAUUCCUACUCUGAUCACAGAAACUUUUCUUCACGUCAUUAUGCGCACGAAAAAGUAAACUUUCUAAACUAUAUUUUAAGUAUUUUAUCAGACAUUAAAUCAUUUAGAAAGGUGCAUACACGUGCGUGCAGUAUGAAGAACGCUUUAUCAAUACUACAGUACGUAACAGUGUACACUGUGUACAUUCAAUAAUUGAAAGGUUCUUAAACAGUAUGGAUUAAUAAAUGAUUCAAGGAUCACGCAGUAAUAGGAACUCCUGAAAAUAUAAAUAGAAAGUACAUGUGCUGUAUUGAGCCGUUCAGGCCUCGAUAAAGUGCGCGAGCGCCGCUGGCAGGCAUCUUUUACAUUUUUGCAGGCACAUUUUAAAAUACUGACAUUUUAACAAUAUUUAGGUCACAAAGUCUAAAUAAGAUGUGCUUUUGCAGGCACAUUUUGAAUUUCGCUCGCAGGCACGAAAAAAUGUUAUCGAGGCCUGGAGCCGUUGAUGGAUCACAACUUUUUUUCACUUCUUUUCAGUGGUCGAGGAUAAUUCAUGCAUGCUAACCGGUUACUCAUACAGGCCAGUUAUGGCUGAAAACAAACUGCGCCCUAGAACUGUCUAGCGUAUUUUACGGAGGGGGGAGGUUUAUUUUUUACCCAUCAGUUCAUUUGAUGCUCUUUGAAAAACUCACUCGUGCGUGUUUUAUCCAAAUUGCACUCGAAGCCAGCCUAUUACGUACACAUGUACAUUUUUUAUUAAUAUUUAUGCUCUAAUUUCUCCCUUAGAGAGGACCAACAAUUUCUUCACGAGGUUGUCGCAUCAGUAUUGAACGCAAAUGGUGUUGGAAUAUUUAAGAAGAAACGUUUACGUGAUCUCAUGGCGAAAGAAACGUGCAGGCAGAAAGUUGCGAAUAGAUUUCUAUUGGAGAUUUCAGAUGAUAAGAAAUCUGAUGUUGUGUGUGAUGUGGUAAGACUUUAAUAACCUUAAACGUGACGUGAGGGAGACAGUGCAUGGAGGGUGCAACAUGAUACACAUGGAAAGUUUCAGUAUUUAUUUCUGGUUCUAGUAUUUCUUCAAUUGGUGCUUUUUUAAGAAAGGACUUAAUUUCAAAAGAAAGAUUCCGAUAUACCGAAGCUAUUUCAUGUUGGAGCCACAUACAGUGUACAUGACCUAAUAGUAUGAUCAUUGUAAUCAAGUGCGAAUUAUUGACAUUACCGCAUCAUUUCAACACUACAGUUGCAAAGAACUUUCCAGGUUAUGAAAAUGCAAUCUGCGAAAAUAUUGGGAAGUCAGCCCGUCAAAUCUGCAUGAAACUUUUAACAAGGGGGACUCAGCCCCCUGAGCAUCUAACAAGGGGGCUGAGCAGUCGACAUUCAUUGCCUGAGGAUAAAUUAUUAUUAUUAUUAUUGGAAGUAUUCCCCGCAGGGCUUUUCGAUAAUUAUUUACAAGUGAUACUUUUGACAGAUUAAUUAGUUUAUAAAUAUAAUUACAAAACGAAUUUAUAAAACGUUUAAAUGUAGCGCAAUAAAAUAAAUUUCAAUAAGAAUAAGCUUGCAUGCAUGUUAAACUAGUGUUUAUAUAUACUAUAAAUAUUCAAGUUUCAAAAUAUCGAUUUAGUAAGAACUCUUUUAAUUUGAUUUUAAAUGUUGCUAAUGGGAGUUUUUUCAACUCCCAGGUGGGAGUUUUUUCAACUCCCAAUGGGAGUUUUUUCAACUCCAAGGGGUGGCAGAUAUAUAAUUCGUACAAUGUUUGAGGCUGAACCUACAUCAUAGUUGGAGGCAUGGACCAUGACUUCAUCGUAUCGUAAUAUCAUGUGGUCAAUACAAGCAGUCAGCCCAUCUUGUUAUUCGGUCUGAUUGCACUGAUGAUGAUGAGGAACUGACAGCUUUGCCAGAUUUUACUACUGUGCAUUGCAUAUGCAAUAAGAAAUAAGUAUCCAAAAGCUGUCAACUGUUUGUACGAUUGGAUUACUGUUAUUCAAAUGUAAUUUCUCAUCUUCAGUGUUUUCUCCCAUAAGUACUCUGUCCUACAUUGGAACGUCUCAUUUAGAAGAGUGUCUACAAUUAUCAAUGAAAUCUUGUGCAAUUUUUUUAUAUGAAGCUUAACUAUUGGUAUAUUUGGAUUCAUUCGUAAGUUUUGAUGACGUCAAAAGUUGUUUAAAAUGUUUCUAUUCAAUUCGAAAUUUGAAAUAGCAAGUAGAAACGAGCUUUGGUCAUCACUGGCUAGCGAGAUAGAAAAUUUGGGUGUCCCACUUGUGACGUAACAUGCGUAUUUGAAUAAUCCAAGAUGGCGGACAGUCCACUGUUUUCAGUCAAAAUAUUUCAAGAAUCAAGCAAUACAAUAUACGAAAAAGCUGAGUGUAAAAGUCUUCAAUCUAAAGUCUUUUCACAGGAGACAAAUUAUAUUUUUACUGCCAAUGUCGUUUAACUGAUUUUAAGAUUGAGUCGACUGUCUAGUGCGCAGAACAUAGUGUAUGUACAGAAUAUGCAGGAUUUUUUGAAAACGCUUGUCUACUCUUCGCAACCAUACUCACAGAUAUACCAAUCCUGUCAGUGUUUUCGGGGAUUUGGUUGUACAUUUAGCAUAACUAAAAAUACAUCAUCCAUCACCCCUGAUCUAAAAUUUUGUUGACGAAGUGCUCUAAAUUGAGUAUAAUUUGUGCUAUCGUUUUGUUUCAUUGCAAAGUAGCAAUAAUAUGACUUGGAAUAUUUAGUCUAAAGUAUAUGUUUUUCGUUAAAUCGUUUAGCGUGUCAGCAAAAGCGUGUUGAGAGGUAUGUUAGAAAUUCUUCGCAGUGUGGUAGUUGGUUUAGAAAUAAGUGCGUCAAAUUAUGGCCUGGGUCGAGUGACGUCAGCGUAUCAUUUCCUCCGGAUUGCACAUACACAUUAUUAUGGUCGUGAGAUCAAGAGAGUGGAGGCAGAGAACGACGACAAUUCACGACUAUCAGUAUCUCCCGCGGAAAGUAUCUCAAACCUAUCAGAUACUUCAGAUACGACUGUUUCAGCCAAUGAGAGUGGAGGUAGGUGUACUGCAUAUAGAAUACUAAAUAUGUCCGCGAUCACGAGGGACGAUAGCGUUCACACAAAACAGUUAUUAUUGUUCUCAUUGUGUGGUAAUAUGCAUUUUAAUCAUUUAAAUGUGAGUUAAUAGUAGGGCCAAAAAAAAUAUAUGUGGGUUUCCGGUUUCCCGACCCUACCUAGCUUUUGGACGUUGAAAUCCCGACCCUAAACUUUUUUAUUGGAUCAUACUUGUAAGUGUUUCCACUUAGAGGAAAAAGUUUGUGGAAAAUUGAAAUUUGAGACAAUAUUAGGGAAAUUUAUCUUUGGAUGUGGAAGCACUGACUAAACAAAAUGGCGUCCGCUUGUUCGGAAAAUUAAAAAAAAAUUUUAAAAAAAAGUUAAAACCGACCUACCCUACCUAAGUUUUUAUAAGAAGAAACCGGAAACCCACAUAUUUUUUUUUGGCCUAGUGGAAAUUUACCGAUAUUCCAAUAUUCAAGGGCCGACAGACAUAAACACGCGUUCCCCGAUGAGCUCUUCAGUGGGCUUCGUUGGCGCAGUCGUUAGAGUAAGCGGCUUUGAGAUCGUUGGUUCGAUUCUCGCUACGGACUCGUGUGAAAAGAGUCGGUCAACGCUGUGCUGAAAGUCGUGUGUUUUCACCGGGUACUCUGCUUUCCUCCUGCAGGGAAAGUUGACAGGGUGGGUUAGGAUAAACUCAGUUAAGAAAGUAGUUUUGCAAUAGACCUUUCCCCUUUUAAGUGAGAUUUUGAUCUAGACAAGUCUGGACAAAAAUUUCAUCACAGCUUGAAAGAGCAUCACAAAAUUAGUAAUAUUCCGAAGUUUCGUUGCAAAAUGUUGUAAAAUGCGGAUAACAUAGCCUUGCGAAGUUUGCCGUUUUUCAGUCAUUUUGAUUACAAAUGGGAAAUUGAUAAUCAGAUGAUCAAACUGAUUAUCAAUUUUCCGUUUGUAAUGCAAAAUGACUGAAAAACGGCAAACUUCCCAAGGCUAUAUUGGCCGCAUUUUACAACAUUUCGCAACGAAAGUUCGGAAUAUUACUAAUUUUGUGAUACUCUUUCAAGCUGUAAUGAAAUUUUUGUCCAGGCUAGUCUAUAUCAAAAUUUCACUUAAAAGGGGAAAGGUCUAUUGUUAUAACGAUAAUAUAGUGAUUAUAGUCUAGGCUUAGUAUGUAAUUACUGGUACUGUAAGUGUAGUACUUGAUGUAUAAAGGGCAUUUGAUCAUAUUCACAUGGUAAUUUGCGCUGUAGAAAUGUUAAUGUUAAUCGUAGCUCUGUUCAUCUUAACAACAUCAAUAUUUCCUUUUCUUGUAGAUCGCUCAACGCUGGUGAUCAGUGACAGUGAACAAGACAGUGGCCAUUGUGACGCCAGUGAUGUCUAUGGUGCAGAUAUUGAUUCUGUAAUGGUGCCAAUGUUUUCAAAGACGUUUGAAGAGAAAACGUACCGCCAUCUUCAACUUGCACGAAGUAAUAGCGACGUUACAGAUGUGAACACUAGAAUAGCCGCUUCGGAACUUAAGAACACCUUAACUCGAGCUUUAUCAAAUGUGGAAACAAAUCUAUCAGUUCCCACAACGAACGGGGGCAUAUCCAGAACAACCCCGGUCGGAAGUCCGAGACUGGCUCAUAUGAAAAUGACUUCAGUGAAUAGCUCGAUGAAUGCAGGAGCGUGUCUACCUAAUGUUGAUUUCCUUGCUAGGAAAAGUGACUUGAGUGAAGGAUAUAGGUAUUGUAAUGGUGAAUUGAUUGAUGUCAGUGAAGAUAUGAAAGCAUCAUCGAGUACUGGGAGGAAAUAUUUGUUUCAAGGUUUAAUAGGAGAGCGAUCUUCGUUAUGGGAUAAUAUGGAGUUUUGGGAGUAUUUAUUUAUGGAUGUCGUCUCAGCUGAACGUGAUGCACUGGGCAUGAAUCAAAACCAUGGCGAAAUGAUUGAACGGUAAGGGUUAUUAAUUAACUGUGUAUUGUAGUGGCCCUUUCCUAAACUUUAAGAAGAACUGUUUAGAGCUGGUGGAGUUAUUACAAAUGUACAUGCAUCCAGUUUAUUUUCACUGGAAAAAAUUUUGAAAAUCCAUAGAAUGGAAAUUGUAUGGACCUUUAUUGGAAAUGAAAUGGAUUUUUGAUUAUCCAUAAUAAUUGUAUAUUUCCAUACUAUGGAUAUAGUAUCGAAAUAAGAGGAUAUACUGUGGACUUGCAAUUGCAAAUCUCAUAGUAUGGAUUUCACAUUUUUUCCCAGUGUUUGUCCUUGUACAUCGUUCACAUUUAGGAAGAAAACUUACUAUAUGGCAUAUUAUCCAUUAUAGAUAAAGUCACUGUAGUGACUUUAUCUAUACUGGAUAAUAUACUGUAUAGCAAGUUUUUACUGGAUAAUAUACCGUAUACCUCAGUAAGUAGUCUUUUCUUAACCUCUAAGAAGAACAGUUUGGAGCUGGUCGAGAGUAUAAAUAUAUAGAUUAUAAGACAAUUGCAGAUUGCGAGGGAUACUAUUCUUUGUUUGCAAUCACGUGACUUUUCAUCCAAAUGACGGGCAAUCAAACAACUUGUGGAUGAUUUUUCUCCUAUCAGAAUGGUUGUAGCAAGAAAAACUGAACGGUAAUUCAUCUUUUGAGUCUUAAUUAAACUGUCUCUAAACUCGAUCAAUACAGUAAAAUAGCCGUUUUUUCUUAUACUAAGUAUGGCCCGUCAACUGAAAUACCAAAAUUACGUCUUUGCAAACAAUGCAGAACUUCGACUUUUCGAGCGAAAGUCAUUAAUGGACCAUUUGCAUUAUAGACUAAAUUUUGAUCUAGACAAGUCUAGACAAAAAUUUCAUCACAGCUUGAAAGAGCAUCACAAAGUUAGUAAUAUUCCAAAGUAUCGUUGCGAAAUGUUGUAAAAUGCGGAUAAUAUAGCCUUGCGAAGUUUGCCGUUUUUCAGUCAUUUUGUAUUACGCGGGGGAAAUUGACAGUCCAAUCGGGUGUUGGGGCAUCAAUUUCCCGUGCGUAAUGCAAAAUGACUGAAAAACGGCAAACUUCGCAAGGCUAUAUUAUCCGCAUUUUACAACAUUUCGCAACGAAACUUUGGAAUAUUACUAAUUUUGUGAUGCUCUUUCAAGCUGUGAUGAAAAUUUUGUCUAGAUUAAAAUUUAGUCUAUAAUACAAAUGGUCCAUUCGUCGGGAAGUUAGUAGCUACUAUCGUUACUAUCGCUACUAACUUCCCGACGAAGCGUCUUUGCUCGAAACGUCGCAGUUCUGCUUGUAUUUCGGGUAGUUGCAUGUAUCUCUCACAAUCCGCAGUUAUCUUAUUAGGGAGUUUACGAUCUACGACGCGGCCGGUUCAACGACGCGGUCUAAAUUUUAGCUCAAGAAUGAGCACUAAGCAAUUCGAUUACUGUAAUAAAUAUUUGACUCUUUCACAUAACCUUACAAAAUGCUACGUUCGGCUAAAGCGAUGCAAUGUUUGCUGUAAUUUCGACUUUUAGUAACACCUCUUGUGUAGCAUUAAACUUUCGCGUUGCCUGAAAGACGUAAUAAUGCUUUUUUAACGUUGUGUUGAGAAUGACAACGCGGUUGACAAUAUACUCAUGGGAUCACAAAUUAUUGACAGUUUUUGUCUUGCAUGACAAAUUUCUUUGUAAGUUCUUUGUAGGUUUACAUGGCGAUAAAACACAUAAUACUAUUGUUUGUGGAAACACCUAAUUUCUUUGCUUUGAAAGCGCGUCGUCGAGUCGGCCGCGUCGUAGAUCGUAAACUCCCUAAUAUCAUAUUUCCCUACGCUGGCACAGACCGUUCGAGUAAAUAUAAAUUACGAUUUAAUGCGUAGGAAUGUGUCUCCAGGACGAAAACUUACUGUAUGGUACUGUAUACUAUAUCCAGUAUAAAUAAAGUUAGUAUACUUAUAAUAGUUUAGUCUAGGUUUUCUCUUGCAGUAGCAUAGGACGACUAAGCGAUGGUCCUUACCAGAGCCACAUAUUUAGUACAUGCAGGAUGUGUAACUUCAUACACGGCUAAAAACGCACAAGUUGUUCCAAGUUGAUAUCGACAGGCGUGAACAAUGUUGUGCGGCCGACUAUGAACAAGUUGUCAACCAUGUUCCAAGUUGUUACAGUUGAACAAUACUGUAACAACAUGUUGACAAUACUGUUCAUAGUGGGCCGCGCAACCUUGUUCACACCUGUUGAUAUCAACCUGGAACAAUUUGUUGAUUUUCUCAAUUUUUACGCGUGUAGGACUUCGUGUCCUCAAAUCUCCCUAAGCUGUACACGUCAUGACACUUCAUGACCAAUUAUCACGCGAGCGACACUUGCUAGGAAGAUGGCGACCGUGGGACAACUUCUUUACUGAAGUUACACAUCUGUAUAUACUUAAUCUGUACCAGAGCUCUGGAGAUACUGUAGGAUGUUAAACACAGCUGAUCUAUUAUUUCUAACGUUACAGUAGUUUAGUUUAGUUUAGUAUAUAAUAUCCACACUUGUGAGCAACUUGUGGCGAUUGCUGAGAUCGCUGCAUGGCUCCACAUUAUUUGACUCUCGUGUUUUACAGAUAUCGAUCUCUUGGCCAUCUUGAACAAAAACGUUUAGAAGAAGAUGAAGAUAAAGUCCUUGGAGCCACUCUAUUUAACAUCACUGCGUUCAUGAUUCAUCUGAAAGUUGAGAAAAUGGAGAUGAAGAAGAAAGUACGGCGAAUUAUUGGCAAAGCUCACAUUGGUAUGAGCCAAAGUCAGUUUAUCGGUCAACUCUUAGCGAAAUUGGACUACGUUGUAAGUUAUGAUUAUUUUCUUACAUAUACUGUACACCUUUUCUGUCGGAAGCUGCUCCGUACCCAGGCACAACAGCGCAUGAGUUUGGCAAAUAUAACGGCGCCGUCAAUGAAGACAUGCUCAUCAACAAUGCCAUUUUUAAAGCUGGUUUACACUGUUAAUGUUUCUGUGAUCACAGUAGGAAUUUUGCAUAGGUAAAUUAUAAGUUUUGAAGGAUUUGUAAGAAAUGUUUGAGAGAACUGACUCAGUGUUUAACACCGAGUCAAUUCCCUCAACCAUUUCUUACAAAUCCUUCAAAAUCCCUACUGUGAUGACGGAAACUUUGAUGGUGUAAACCGCGACUAUAGUUUGCAUUCCCUUGGGCAUUCCGUAUAGUUGUUCAAACAACUACCGUAUUUACAUCAUUUUCACGACUCUUACCCACGCCAACAGUUAAAUGUUCGAUGUUGUUUGGAGUGUUUUAUGUGAAAUCACUGACUAUUGCUGCAUUUAAGUGUUAUUGAAAAGAGACUUAUUAUUAGCAUGACAAAAUUACUGGAUGCUGAUUGGUUGAGAGGAGUACAAUUAUUUCAUUAAUUGUACUGCAGUACAAUUAAUGAUUUUCCCAAAACAAACAAAAUGGCGGAAAGGUAUUUUAAACACAAUUGCGAAAUGAAAUUGCCGUGAAGGAACUAGAUGAAAAUACGAACAAAAGCACCAACUUUUACUUGAACAAAAGAACUAAAUGAAAAUACAAACAAAAGCACCAAAUUUUGGUUGAAAGUCUGGCAGAACUGGGCUUUGGCGAGAGAAUAUGAUGUUGACAUUGAGAAGUACGUGUCCAAUUUUGUCAUGCUAAUAAUAAACAAGUACGGCGGCUCGUCCAAUUUUGGCAAAAUUUCCAAACAUCACGGGUACUAUUAAUCCCUAAUUGUACGAGCAACAUCGCAUGAUUACCUAUACUAAUAAAGUUUAGUAAUGUAUGCUUUCGCUCGCAUACAAAAUGUAUUAAGUAGUUUUGUUUUCUGCCGUACGCGGUUGCCAUGAAACUCACAGGGACCUUAAGCAUGUAGGACGGCAACGCUACAACGAGGGCAAACGAACUCGUUGUAAUGGGUGAUUGUAAGGGAAGCGUGUCAUUUAUUAUAUUUAGUAUUGAAUUAGAACAUCUUAAAGAUCGAGGUCAAGACACGACUUUAUCAUUUAGAAUAGUUCUAGGAAAUAGCAGUUGUUGCAUGUCGCAGUUGUUGUACAAAAUGCGUGAUAAUCUGUCAUUUGCCGUUGUAAACGGAACGGGAAUGAUGUCUAAAACCCCCAUGAGAUUUUAAUUAAUAAUUUCCUUUCUACUAUUUUAGUAGCCGUAGUGGUCGUUGCAUUUGCGUCCUUCUUGCUAGAGAUUCCUGAUAACGGAAGUUCAUAGUUUUUGAAGCGUAACAUUUAAGGCCGUUUCUAUUCAGGCACCCGUACUAGAUUAAGCCUUGCUUUAUGUAGCUUAUGAACAACUACGACUGGUACACGAAUACUCGAACUUGUCUUUCCAACAGCUCCUUCACGCUUCGCACACUCAUGGUUGAGCUUAUGUUUGUUAUUGUACAGCGUCUGCAUACGAGACAGAACCCGCGAGAGAGUUACUAAAAUCGCUUUUUAGCUUGGAAAAACGGAUGACAGAUGUGUUUACCGUACUCACAUGCAGAUGUACCAAACAAAGUAUUCUAUAGUGCUAUAGAACAAAACGGUUUGGUUAUCAGAGAACCGCUGUAUACAGAUAACGGAGGUCUCUCGGCUUCCAUACUGCUGACCAACAAUUAUCGUACUGAUAUAUGUUUUUGGUGUGCGGAAAACAACACGUUAUAUAUAUUAUUGAAAGGCUGUCGAUCAGUAAGCCUGAAUCAUAAAUAUACGUGGUGUUUUCCACAAACUGAAAAUAUAUAUAAAAAUAUCGCCAUACAAAGAGCUUAAUUUCAUGAUUGUCAACUUGUUUGCUUUUGAGAAGCUUGCAAAAAUUUUUGGUUGAAUCUCAGAAUAUGAAGCUUCCCGGUUAAAAUAUAUUGAAAAGUUCUGCCAUGUUGGUUCAACAACGCAUUGAAAUGUAUCAUCAGAGCCCGAUAUCUCUGCAGGGUUGAACAAAUGAUCAAUGACUUUUAGUAACUUGAACAUUGCAAUGUUAUUUAUUGUAUAACUGGAGAACCAAGCAUGUUGACCAACUUAUUCCCCAGUCACGGCAUUUUUAAAUUUUACCCAAUAAGGUUAACAUGAUUUUGUUACCAAAAACGCCCAAAAUGUGUUACUUGCGUUUUAUCCAUAAAUAUACAUGUCAGUAUAGAAGAAAAUGACUUGGAUGCUAAUAAAAACUUUCAUAUCUUACCGCGGCCGACUGUGGAAUGCCUUGGAUAACUGUUUUAGAGCAAUUACCUGUAGUGACACUUAUUUAAAAUCCAUGUAUUAAUUUAGCUAAUAUGUUAAAGAGACUCAUGUAGACUUAGUUGUAGAAUCUUUUUGUUUAUUAUAUCUGCUCUGGUGUAAAUGACGAUCACAUUGAAAUCAAUAUUUUCAAUUGACUGAUUGGCUCAGUGUGUUCCGAUCUCUGAAAUCUAUCCCAGUUAUUUAAUCGGGAAAAAAUGAUACGAUAAAAAGACGAAGAACUGUUCACCAACUCAGAACUUCUCUAGUCUUCUCCAAGUUGACACCAUGCACAGCGGUCAUAGAUUACCAUCUAAACAGGAUGCUAAAAGAAGGGUGACCUUCCGUAUUCUAAAUGGGUGACCUUCCGUAUUAUAAAUGUAAUGUUAGAGGUUGCUUGUCAUCAUCUGCAUCAGUUACACGUGGUGUACCACAGGGAAGUAACUUAGGACCAUUACUCUUCCUUGUGUAUAUUAAUGACCUUCCUAAUUGUCUCAGUGCAGCAGUACCGAGAAUGUUUGCUGAUGAUACGAACAUUAGUUAUGCGGCCAACACUAUCGCCGAACUAGAAAAUGUUAUUACUUCGGAAUUAAAAAAAUUGAAAAGCUGGUUGGAAGCGAACAAAUUAAGCCUUAAUAUCGCCAAGACAGAAUUUAUGAUAAUAGGAUCUCGACAACGUAUGCAUGCGCACACUAACGAAAAUAUCAAUAUUGACCUGGAUGGUCAUGUGAUUAAACAAGUUGAUGAGGCAAAAUCACUAGGUGUAAUUAUUGAUAAAAAUCUGUCUUGGUCUAAACACAUUGAUAUGAAGUGUAAAAAGAUUUCUUCCGCUAUAGGUGCUCUUAAGCGAAUAAAACCAUUUAUAUCAACUGAAACAGCAAUCCAAAUUUACAACGCUAUAAUUCAACCUCACUUUGAUUACUGUAGUCCCAUUUGGGACGAAUUUGGCGCAACAUUAUGUGAAAAAAUGCAAAAAUUGCAGAAUAGAGCUGCUAGAGUGAUUACGAAAUCCAACUACGAUGUCAGCUCUAGCAUUCUCUUAGAGAAACUGCAUUGGGACAAUCUUUCCUUACGUAGGAAAAAGCACAAGUCUAUACUAAUGUUUAAAACUAUCAAUAAGCUAACGCCAGAGUAUUUACAAAACAUGUUUACAUUUCGCAGCACAGAUUAUAACUUAAGAAAUGCAGAAAUGAAGCUAAAUUUACCAAAACCACGUACGGACUUUAUGAAGUGUAGUUUCUGCUACAGUGGAGCAAGUUUAUGGAAUGCGCUUCCUCAAACUGCACGUACGUCCAAAUCAUUGAGGCAUUUCAAAAAUGAAAUUAAUCAAUUCUUGACAUUAUAAUGGGAUCCCCACACGGCAAUCUUGGAAAACAGUGCAUUUUAGUUAGGAAAUUUGUGUGUAUAUAGUGAUGUGUGAAAUUUAUUAAUAGUUUUUGUAUUUUAUUCUACACUGAAGAUUUUACCGUGUUUAAAUAAAUGUUCAAUGUUCAAUGUUCAAUGUUCUAUUCCACAAUGUCGUCACGAUGAAUAUGGAAUUAGGCUAAGGGUUAGGGAAAUACAUCGUGUAUUCUCUAUGCUAGUACAUGGUGUACUGAAAGUUAGUCAACGCCCUCGUGAAUCAUUGUUAGUGAUUAUUGAAGGGGGAAUAAGAAAUGUACUGUCCGAGAGAAUGGCACUGCGAAAGCACCGACUAUCGGCAACAUUUGUGAGAAGGCUUUGGGGAAGACAUGUGACCAACAGAACGUCCGAAACGCCUGAAAACCUGAAGAGACAUCGAUAGGCACACUGUCUAAAUGAGGAAGUGGUUAUUGUUGCAGCACUAUCAGCAAAGACAGGAAACCUUCCAGAAGGGUGAAUGGAGCUGUAAAACGACCUUUUCCGCUUUGAUUAUUAAAGUGGGGGAAGUUGUUUCAUGACUCUUUUCAUUCCAGACAAUCCGCUAUAUUACUGCGAUCAGUGGUGACAGCCCGUGAUUUCAAAGCCAGGCUCAAAUGAGUUUUGAUCUCACUCUUCCUCAGUCCCUUCAAAUUGCUCCGAAAAUUUGCCCAAUUUUCCAUGAGAAUGCUCCAGCAGAACAAUAAGUCACCAUAUCUCGCAUUGCACUUUUUCAAUGAGGAAUUAACCGAAGGAAAAUACUCGGUACUACUCUUGCCCUGUGCUUGGCGUCUUUGGCUCGGAAAUGACACACGAGUAUUGUUUCAUAAAUACUUCCAGAACAGCUGUUGUUUAUUAUUAUUAUUGAUUUAGUUUUAUCGUAUUGUGAAGCAUGGUAUUUUGAACUGCUUACACCUGAAAUUUCGGGGUGUGGUGUGUGCGUAAUUUACAGUUUAAAGGCCAAUUUACACUGCCCAACUUUUGCCUAAAACUGUCGCAUGCAUGCAAUCUGCUUACAACUUGAGUUGUACUUUGUAAAUCACGCACGCAAUUCACGUACUGCAACGUAGGCAAGUUGUGUGCUUGAUUUACACAGUACAACUCAAGUUGUAAGCAGGUUGCAUGCAUGCGACAGUUUUAGGAAAAAGUUGGGCAGUGUAAAUCGGCCUUUAGAAAUUACAACAAUGUGGUAUCUCCAAAUAUACAAUGAUGCAUUUAGCCAGAUUUAAUAUGGGUCGGUCCUUAUACUUAUUUGAACAGGCUUUGUGAUUGGUUGAUUAUGACAAUAAAAUAUAGAGAUCAUAUUUCUAAACAAAGAAUCGUAAACACUGAUCACUUUGUUUCAGAAAACGUGCUCGUUCCAGGUACUUACCGUUUAAUAUGGGUUUUGCCGCAACUGAGGAUUGAAAUCUUCCCGCAUUAGCCAAAUUAAAAUGCUAAUGUGCUUUUUAAUCGAAACAGAUUGAUAAGGGUGAAAAAAGUUUAUAUUUACUUCUUUUCUUUCACAGCGAGGCAAUGACGUGGACUUACGACCAGAUUGCAGCCGUUUGAUGACGAAGAAAACAUUUGUAGUUCAUUGUGGCAGCAGUAUUAUUGGAGAUGUAUAUUUUAUGGAGGUAAAGUACUAAAGUUAGUUCAUUUGUUUAGCUUCAGUAUUGAGAAUUAUGUUGAGUUUUACUAAAAAGUAUCGAGCAGUAGAUGCUGAUUGCCAAAUCUGAGAGUCAUAGAAAUUGUUUUCAUUGUACAACACCCACUAGUCUUCCAUUUGUACCAAAUGCGUAAUGAAGAGGGAGAUACACAUGUAUUUUACUUUGUUUACUUCUAAGUGUCGACACUUCAGUCGCCAUGCAUUCGCUGUCCUGCAUUGCAUACAGAAACCUUCCAAAAGAAAGUAAGGCUCAGUACAAAUCACUUAUACCGCAAAUCUUAAUUUAGCUCACUGUCUUAAAACAAGCCCCCCCCCCCCCGUCUCUAUUAAGCCCCACCAUUUUCUCUUCGAAAGGUUUAUUUAUAAAACUCACGAGACGGCCCAGUUAAGUAUUAUGGUUCACAUGAGAGUGCUAAAUAAACACGAAGAUAUAAGGGAACAAAAAGAGAUACAGUGAAGCAGGCGAUAGUUUCGACAUUGCAGGUGCCAUUACCAUAGACCACUUGGGAUAAAAGUCGGUGAUACAAAGGAUAUUCCCAAAGGAAAAUUAGGAAAUUUCCUUUGUAUCCAAAGGAAAGGUUUUUAUCUUUGCAUAUGGUGAAGUUUUCUUUUGUAUUCUGGCUUAUCUCUGUCGUGUAAACGAGCCACUACAGAUCACAUACCAUAGACCAUUUGGGAUAAAAGUCGGUGAUACAAAGGAUAUCCCCAAAGGAAAUUUCCCCUGUAUCCAAAGAAAAGUUGUUUUUUUUAUCUUUGCUUGUGGUGAAUGUGUUUUUUAUUCUGGCUUAUCUCUGUCGUGUAAACGAGCCACUGCAGAUCGCAUACCAUAGACCACUUGGGAUAAAGGUCGGUGAUACAAAGGAUAUUCCCAAAGCUUUGUAUCCAAAGGAAAGGUUUUUAUCUUUGCACGUGGUAAAGUUUUCUUUUGUAUUCUGGCUUAUCUCUGUCGUGUAAACGAGCCACUACAGAUGGCAUACCAUAGACCACUUGGGAUAAAGGUCGGUGAUACAAAGGAUAUUCCCAAAGGAAAUUUCCUUUGUAUCCAAAGGAAAAGGGGUUUUUUUAUAGAAUACAAAAUCUCUGUCGUGUAAAGAGCCACAACAUUAUCUCUGUCGUGUAAACGAGCCACAACACAUUACAUAUUAUUUAGGAAUGUUUUUGUUUUCCUCUAGGUUUAUGAUGAUUGUAUAUUACUACGUGCACCAUCGGGUGCCAUACUUGAACGAUGGUGGUAUGAGAAACUGGUGAAUAUCACUUACUCACCCAAAACCAAGAUGUUGUGUUUAUGGUACAGACAGGGACAAGAUACACAACUAAACAAGUUUUGUACAAAGAAGGUAAAAUUCUCUUCAUGCUUUAGUUUGCUGCACCAGACCUAAUUUAUUAGUUUGUUUGAAUACACUAAACAGGUUUCGGUCUUUUUUGGGGUGAAAGAACUUUGGUUUGGUGCCAUUGUUUCCGGUAUUUUCAAAAGAUAAACAACUCAAAGCAUUUGCUAAAUAAAUUGUUAUGUAACAAAACAAACAAUUUUUAUUGAGUUAAAUGAAACAAAAACAUCUCCAUUGAUUACAGGACAGACUAGACGAAUAAAAAAUAAGGAUACUAUAUAUACGAAUAGAAUAACUACAUAUAUUUUGAAAAUAUAUAAAUUAGAAACACUUCAGCAUUUUGUAGUUUUUCUGACACGAAGCGGCGACACGUGGGAAACCGAAACUACAGGUUCUUUUGCGCAUACUCGGUGCCGACUUCCGGUGUUAAAAAGGUACUGGACCGACAAUCACAUGAUUCGAUACCAGUCAUCGUCCACUCGCAUAUGAGUAGCACAGUUCAGGUAAUCUCACCUGUGUGGUAACUUCUUCGGCAAUCCAUCUCCCUAUAUAUAUAUAUAUAUAUAUAUAUAGUCUAGAGGACCUCGUUGUUCGGCUGAUACCGAUCGACCAAAGGCAGUAAUGCAAAUAUGUAACAUUUGUAACCGUUCAUUUGUAACCGUUAAAUAUUGUUCCUUUCUAGUGCAAAGCGUUGUACUUUUGUAUCAAAGCGACGAUGCAGAGAGCAGCGGAAAGACUACAAGGCUUAAAAUCAGGUAAUUAUUUGAGAUUUUAAAGGUUUAAAUUUCAAGUUUACAGAAUUAUUUGAUUUUACAUUAAUAUUGCAUAUAUAUAAGUCAUGAAGUAAUCUAAGACUAAGUUCAACUCGCUGAAGUGAUAAAUAUUAUCACAUUAGAUUUACAUAAAUUUUUAAGUAGAGCGAGAUAAUACAGACCAUCGCAUAUUCUAACACAGUUUAUCUAUUUUUGAUAUAGCGACAACAAGACCCAGACUAUCGAACGAACUCACUACUGACAAUGACUGUUCACACGACGUGAUUUAUAAACACAAAUUUUUUCUUUCUUUCUUUUUAAAUGGAAAUCAUUUUGUUGUAAUUUUGUUACGAAAAUAUGAAGGCUAUGUAAUUUGGAGAAUGCCAGUGACGUUUCUCUAACAAAAGCUCAAACUUUUCAAAGUGCAUUCUUUGGUAUUGCAAAUUUACCAUAAUAAUCGUCUUUUUGCACAUGAUCUAUAUUACCUGCAUGCCUCCCGGCACUAUAUCAUAUGUUUACAUGAAGUAUUAUUCUGGAUCGAUAAUAUGCGAAGGGGCUGUUGGGAAGAGUACUCAAAACCUCUUGGGACUGGAUACGAGGCAGUUAAAGAUGUCAUUCCCUUUAAAUUAAUUACUUUCAAACUAAAUAAUUGAUCUCUUUUUUAAUAUACAUUUAGUGACAACAGGACGAGACUUUUGACUGAAUUCGCUACUGGCAACUGUUUACGCACUGCAUAUAACGUGGCAUGACUAUGAACUCUAAUACACCCCUGUCUGUUAUAUAGUAUUGAUAUUUACAGUUCUCGUUUGUUUUCUCACAGGUCCACAACUUGGUGGAAAAUUUCCUGCACAGGUAGGGAAUCAUGAAGUAAAUAGCAUGCAUAAGCAACAAGAAUAUAAGGAACACACUACCUAGUUAUAUUACAUCCAAAAACGGGACAUUUACAAAGUGACAGAAACCCUUUUCAACUACUAUAUUCUAGAAAUAUAAAAUUUGUACGAUGUUCAGGAUCCCCGUGUAUGAAAAAGUGUCACUAUACACUAAUGCAAUUCCGCUUCGACUGGUGAACCUUCCAAUUUUUUAUUUAUUUAGCAUGUUGUU